AUGACCACGAAAGCACCCUCCGGCUGGGCAGCCAGUUCGUCUCAAUUGAUUAAGCUGACCCUUACUACGGUUUGGCAUCGUUACCGGAAUCUCCAUGUCUAUGGAAAGAUUUUUAUAUGGCUUUUGAUGCUAUUCUACCUAUGCCUAGGUGCAUUCAUCAUCGUAGUUUCCCCCAGCCGAAUCGCCCAAUUCUUGUAUGACCAAGCCUCGAGGCUUUCUCACAUGAGGCUGGGUUGGCUCAUCCUCACGGGUGCAAUUGUUGGGGUUUCAUUCCCCCCGCUUGUUGGCCAUUCAACCCUUCUUACGCUUUGCGGCUUCGCGUUCGGCAUGAAAGGUUUCGCUAUUGGGGCUGGUGCAUCGGUCGUUGGUUCUGCUCUUGUCUUCGUCUUUUUGCGGCUAUUGUUUAGUUCUCGCCUGCGCCAAUGGUCUUCUCAUAACGAGAAAUGGCAAGCCUUGGAAUCUGUCGUGCGCGCCAAGGGACUUCCGCUCAUCAUCCUUAUUCGCAUUUCCCCCUUCCCCCCUUGGGUGUAUUCUAAUUCUCUGUUUGCAUCAAUCGAAGCAGUUUCCCUGUGGCAAUUUGUCAUUGCUACUUGCUUCAUCUUCCCCAAGGUUCUUUUACUUGUUGUUAUAGGUUCCCGCAUGGCUGCGCUUUCCGAUGGCGAUAGCAGGAGCCACAUGGACACACAUGCCAAAGUCAUGAAUGGUUUACUCAUAGGUGGAGGUAUCAUCGUGGCUAUUUUUACAAGCUGGCUUGUGUACACUCUUGUUCAGAAUCACAUCCGACAGUUGGAGGAUAUAUCUCCGGAAGUCGACCGAAUGGCAGCGGAGGCUCUAGAGGAAUAUGACGAGGAUGCACCGCUUUUACGUUCUAGUGAAGCAGACGAUCAGGUGUAA